AUGUCUUUAAACAAUAUAUGCAUAAUAAAGUGCAUCGCAGGCAUUCCCCGAAUGGCCAGUUUUUCAUAUAAAAAGGCAAAGGGCGAGUUUGUAGUCAGUUCAAAAUCGAAAAUGGAUAAAAAACAGUUCACUUCGAUUUUGUUUUGUAUCCUCGUAGGGAGCACUUUGGGGCAUGAUUACCAACGAGCAAAAUAUUUUGCGCCCCAAUCAAGUUCUAAAAUCUCCCAUCUCACCAAACGAGCUGCCGAUGACAAGACCUGCCACUUAGAAUGCACAGGAGGAUCUGUAAAACCUUCAGGAGGUUUAGAAUUCUAUUUAAACGUAACAACAUCUUUAGUAGGCGUCGUCAAUGUAAAAGCCAGAGUUGCUUGGAUUUUCGAUGUCAAUGCAAAUAUAUCACUGUUAGUAAACGGUAACAAUGGAGGAGGUAUUAUCCUUGAUAUUACGACUGGUAACGGAAUAUACAUCGAAUCCAGUGAUAAUCCUCACCUUUGGACUUCCGGUAAAUCAUUCGAAGACUACUUUUCAAGUCUAGUUUCCUUGAAAGGACUGCUGAACUUAAAUAUUGGAGUUAAAUUUAAUAUAAAAACACUAAGUAAAUCCCAAUUAACAGCAAUAGGACAACUUGUUAUCAAAUUGUCUGUAAAUCUAGACUUAAGUCAUGAUAAUAGUGCUGGUCUCAGUCUACUAUUAAAAAUUGGGCAGAAAAUCCAAAAUUUCCAUUCAGGAAGUCUAAAUGGUCUAUCGAAAAUACUUACUGCAACUGUAGUUCACAUAACAGGAGAUAUUGAAUUUUUGAUAACUGUUCUGGAAGGUUUAUCUAUUAUUGUGGGAAAACUUGGUGGGGUAUCUGCUUUAAUCAAGGCUGGCGUGACAUUGGAUCUAAAUGGAAUUCUAGGUGCAGAUAACGGUAUCGAAGCUCUUAUUAAUAUCCUUCUUUCUUUAGGAGGUAAAAUUGAUCUGGCACCUUUGGCAAGCCUUCUUAAUGACGUGGAGACUCUUUUGGCAGUAAUUUUACAAUUAGGAGGAGGUUUAAUAACAGGAGUUACUGGUGUUGUAAAAGUACUAGUUGCAGUUCUGGGACUAAUUUCAAAGAAACUUGAUCUUAAGGAUCUUUUGCAAACACUUAUUGAAUUUGCUGCUGCCAAAGGCAACGGUGUAUCUAUAGAGAUUAAGGUAUAUCUCAAUGCCUUAUUGAAUGUCUUAAAACAACUAAAUCUUGGAGAACUAUUAUCUGGACUCGUUUCAACAUUGGAGAAAAUUCUAGGUGGAACGUUGAUAAUACUUGGUGUCAACAUUGGUGCAAUAUUGGACCUUUUAAUAUCCGUAGAAAUGUUCAAACUUAACUUAAUCGUAAGAGUAUUACUGCUGCUUGCAUCGGUUGUAAAGACUGUAGUAUCACUUCCAGCUCUUCUCAUCCACCUAGUAGGACUCUUGACCUCAACAGUUGGAAUAACUCUUCUGGUUACUCUUGGACUGGUUAAAAAUCUUUUGUCAGUUGGAGACAUUAUUAAGGAAAUCUCCAAGAACAAAUUAAAAAUUAUCGGAAGUUUAUUAAAUCCAGAUGUAACUGUACUACUUCGCAAUAUUCCCAUAGUUGGAAAUAUAUAUAUUGAAGUUAAUGUUGCCGUUAAAGAUGCUAGCGGUGGUAAAGAGGACUUGUCGUCAUCACUAAAAUCUGAUCAUGGCUUUUUACUUCAAAUUGGAGUUUGGGUUAAGGGAUUAUUAGGCAUCGAUGGCGUUACCACACCUAAAGUUGAAACUACGACUGCUUCUUCUGGAGGCUUGUCUGGAAUAAUUGGAAAAGUAAUUGGUGGAAUCUUUGGCGAUCAUAAGGGAUCAGGAAGUGGACAAGGAGGUGGUAGCGGAAACGGAAAUGGAAAUGGAGAUGGCGGUAUAAGCAUCAACAUUGGUGGUGGUGGCAAGACAGGUGGUAGCGGCAGCGGAAGCAAUGGUGGUAGUGGAAGCGGAAGUGGUAGUGGAAGUGGAAGCGGAAGCGGAACUGAAGGCAGCACUGAACAUGGCGGAAAUACUGAAAAGAGUAAUGGACAAGGUGGUGGUAGCGGAAGUGGAAGCGGCAGUGCAGGCGGUAGCGGAGGUUGGGGUGGAAAUUGGGGCGGAAGUUGGAGCGGAAGUUGGGGUGGAAACGGAGGCGGAAGUGGAAGCGGAAGUGGAAGUGGAAACGGACACAACGGUGGAGACAUUGGAAUAAGUAUUGGAGGUGGUAGUAAAACAGGUGGUAGUGGAAGUGGAAGUGGAAGCGGAAGCGGAAGUGGAAGCGGAAGCGGAAGCGGAAGCGGAAGCGGAAGCGGAAGCGUAACUGAAAGCAGCACUAAACAUGACGCAAGCACUGAAAAGAGUAAUGGUCAAGUAGGCGGCGGAAGUGGAAAUGCAGGUGGAAGCGGAGGUGGAAGCUCUGGUGGAAGCGGUAGUGGAAGCGGAGGAGGAAGCUCUGGUGGAAGCGGUAGUGGAAGCGGAGGUGGAAGCUCUGGUGGAAGCGGUAGUGGAAGCGGAGGUGGAAGCUCUGGUGGAAGCGGAGGUGGAAGCUCUGGUGGAAGUUGGAGCGGAAGUUGGGAUGGAAGUUGGGGCGGACAAGGAGGCGUAAGUGGUGGCGGAAGCGGAGGCAAAAGCGGAAGUGAAAACGGAGGUGGAAGCGGAAGUGUAAGCGGAGGUGGAAUCGGAGGUGGAAGUAAGAGUGGAAGCGGAAGUGGAAGUGGAAGCACUGGAGGUGGCGGAAACGGAUCUGGUAGCGGAAAAGGAGGUUUGAGCUGGGGCGGUACUUUCGGCGGUGGCAGUAGUUCAAGCGGAGGUGGCACUGGAAGUGGAUCCGGAACUGGAAGUGGAAGCGGUCAGUUGGUUGGUGGUGGAGGAAUUGGCGUGGGUGUACAAGGAGGUGCUAGCGGUAACGGCUGGAGUUGGAGUUCCAGACACCACGAAGGACACAAAAAGCACCACGAAAGACACCAUAAAGCUCAUCAACAACAAUAACUUAAUCCGAAUAACUAAAUUUUAAGUCUUCCAUUUGUACAUAUCUACUGUAAAUAAAUAUUAUGCGUCGACAACAA